GAAAGAAAUGAAUUUGUGCGAAGAAAAUUUUGGAAGCGUUGUGUUAAAGUGCUAUGAAUUAGUGUGAGGGUUGAUUCUUUCGCUGUUUGAAGGAUCGAACCAUGGGCAAUGGAUCUUCUUGCUGUCCGCAUCGUAAGAAGCUAACCUGUAAAAUAAAUAAAUAAAUUGCGAUAAAUCUAUGACAAACACACUGUAAAUGGCGAGAAGGAAAGAGGCGGUCCUCCAAGUCGAGAUAGAGAGCGAGGACGAUUGGAAACAAUUGUUGGAAAAGAAGGGUUUGAUACUCAUCGACGUUUUUUCGUCGUGGUGUGGCCCGUGCAUCGCGAUGGUGAGCAUGCUUCGAAGCGUGAAAAUGGAAGUUGGUGAUGCGAUCAACUACGCGAUCGUGAAGAACGAUUACAUCAGCGAUCUCGAACGAUUCCGCGAAAGAAGCGAGCCGGUCUGGAUGUUUCUCGAAAAUGGUCAAAUGGUCAAUUUGAUGUUCGGCGCCAACUGUCCCCAGCUUCGAAAACUGAUAAUGGCCGAGAUCAAACGUGUCCAAUACAAGGAAGAGCCGGAAAUGCAGCAACCUGUCAGCACUAGGACCGCGGAGGAAGAGGUUGCGUGGCAGGAGAAGGAGGCCAUCAGAAAAGCGAUCGAGGAGCGCGAACGUGCCAAGGAGGAGGCCGAGAGGCUUGAGAAGUACGAGGCGUUCUUGGCUCAAAUGAUAUUCGAGCUGAGCGAGUUCACCGCCCUGGUUUUCUAUCCGUGGGUGUUCAAAGACGAGCAGGGACGGCACAGGGACAAGUAUCAGUGCCCUCCGUAUCUUGAACUGGUCAAUACACUGUUCAAACAGAACUACGACGUGCUAGAGGAGAUGCGAAUACAGUUAACCGAGGAAAUAAUCGAGAAGAUGUUCGUCGAGAGCAACGAGGAGAUUACCAAGGCUAUUGUAGUAGGAUUGACCGACGGUAGAACGAUAGCGAUGAGACUGAAAGGUAGACGGCCUCAUCCCGAUUGGCCCGUGUCCUUUCCCUUCGAGUGCCCUAAGGGGAUUAAAAGGUGCCCCACACGAGAGAUCAACGAUGUAGAGAAUUAUCUGAUACAUUUGUUAACCAGCAAAGAACCACUGCUUCAGGGUAAUGCCGUUCCUUUCAAUACAACUGAUUCCUACAUGGAGAGGCACGUGUACGUUCACGAGCCUGAUCCAGAGGACGAGGAGGACUUUCCUCGCAGCCAUCCCGCUGUUUGGGUACCCCCUCAGGCCCGAAGCAAAGUGCACGUGUACACAACCCUCUUCGCCAGUUAUAUGGAAUUGGUCCAUCCUUACGAGGAACCUGUACCUCCUCCUCCAUUCUGCGCCUUCAAAUUCUAUUAUUCGAAGUUCCCCAUUCUUAGUGAGACCUGUGCCCUUUUCCCGGACGCUAUCGAAUAUUUUGGUGCAUUCGAAUUCGAUGCUCCACCAAUCGCAAGGCGAAUAGCAUCGACCCCUGAAGACUUCGAGAGAAAGGCGAAGUAUCAAACUGGGAACGAGAUAUUCGUGAUAAUUCUCCGGAGGGUGAGUGAAGAUGCUUUCCUGUCAUUUGCCAGCAUUGAGCCGUACUUCAUCACGGAGGAUCAUGAAAAAGCAGAAGCGAUGAUAGACGAAUACUUCCCUGAGGGUGCUGAAGACGCGAUCCUCGAGUUAUACUUGGAAGAGGAGGAAGAAGAGGAAGAAGAAUAUUAUGAAGAAGAAGAAGAACAUGACAUAGAGAUUCGAAAAGAAGAAGAAGUAGUAUUUCCUACCUAUGAAUUUGUAUGAAUAAUAAAUAAUUGAAAGAAAAACUGAUGCAUCUCGAGACAGAUAUAUUUUAAGGAUAUUUUCACGGAUCUUCUAGCAUUAAUAAUCGAUUAUAUCAUGGUACAAAACACAACGAAUGAUAUGAGCGGCAGCUACAAAAUAGCACGAGAUUAGCGGAAAAUCAGCCGCUACCAGAGCGAAUAAAUUGAAUCGCGCUGAUCGAAUUAACGAGACAAUUUGUCACGCGACCGAUGCGAGAAAUUCACGCGUGAACAACACGCUCUCUCUUGUUCCUUCUAUCCUCGCUAAAUUUUGCCAAGCGAGCCGAACAAUUGAACCAUUAACCGAGGAGACAUUAGUCAUUCAGCUACUCAAUCUUCCAGCUAAAUCGGCCAUUUUCAUCCAUAUUUUAGGACGCGAUGCAUCUCGGAGGAACUUAAAAGGAACGAGAUGAUUUUUUGAAUCAUAUUUAAAUUUUUGAAGGUAAUAGAUUUUUGUUUUUGGAAUUUUUAAUGGUAGGAAAAAAAAAUAUAAAUAUAUCUAAUUAUUUUCUAAUUAUUUUCUCAGGAAAAAUAAUUUUUUUUAUAUAACGUUCAUUAAUUUGAAUUACUAAAGAAAUAGAUAUUAUUUUGUUUUUGAUUUUAGUAAUAAUCGAUAAUAAUAAAAAAAAACUCGAUUUCGAGCACACGUGAUGACCAUACAAUAAAAUUAUCCGAUGAUUCAUGUCAAUUUUUCAAUCAAUAUAGCUAUCAUGCUUAUAAUUUAUCCAAACUCUCAAGAUCGAUCAAAAUCUGGCACAGAACGUUUCCUUUUUUUUUUUUUUUUUUUUCCAUUUUCAUUUUCAUUUUCAUGCCUUGAUACGCACGGUAGCGCCUAAAGCGGUCAAUUGCUCAAACAUCGGUAAUUAUUGCACAAGAAUUAUGUAACUAAACAACCUGAUCAUGACGAUACGGAGGAGAGAAGGGAAGUGGAGAAAAAAAAAGGCGCAAAUUACAGUUACGCCAGGUAAUUUGCGUCCAUAACGCGUAUUACGUGCCAUUAACGAUCGUUUCGUCUUCUUUCCUCUCGCGCACCCUCUAUUUCCGUCUGCAUGCCGAUCAAGAUCGUUUUUCUCGAAUAGCGCGAAAACAUCUGCACGCCAUAAAGGACGAUAAUCGAUCGCUUCGAGCAUUCUUCGAUUAUUGUAUUAUAUUGUAGUUGUUACCAGCAUUGCUUUGAAGCAUUGCAAAAAUAUUUUUUAAUAAAAUAAUUCUGUGUUUAUUAUAGAUAUCAUUAUAGUAUUGAAAGAAUUAGAGAUUUUGUAAUUUAUGCAAAAAUUUGAUUGAAUCAAUUAGAAGUAAUAUAGAUAUAGUAAUGAAGCUAAAAUUUAUUUAUAAAAUAAUCACACUUAUCAAUAUCAAAUAAUACAGAUAUAGAAAAAUUUCAAUUUGAAAAUGCAAUAUUAUACAAAUGAUUUUUAUAAUAAUUCUAGGAAUAUACAAAUAACAUUGAAAUACAAUUAUUACUUUACACUAUUAGAUAUUCAUAAAUUCAUAGAAAAUUUAAAUAUCCAAAAAUACACAAGGUGUACCAAAAUAUCCAAAUUUGCAUAAAUAACAAUCUAAUCAUUACAUCCAGAUACAAAUGUUAUCAUAUAUAAUUAUACAAUCAAUCCUCAAAUAUUCAAACAACCUUUUAUAAUCCUUUUAGCAAUCCUUGGCCAAAAUUGUAUUUAAAUAAAAGUGUUGAUCGGUGGCAACGAACUCGAGAAAGUUGGUGGAUCACCCCUGAAAGGUUAGGAUCGACAGAAGGGUUCGGUGUACGAAGAAAGCCGCGCGUACAACUCGCGCGAAGAUAAAUUUACACGCGACUUCGCGACGCCGUUGCCUGUUCACGUACCCUCGUCUUCUUUUCCCUUCUGCGUUCCCUGUGAAGCGUUCAGCUCGUUUUCUUUUCGCAUGGUCGCAAAUAGGAACCCCCCCAAGGCUCCAUCAUCGUGCUCCGGGCGAAAUUAAUGGCGUCGGGACGCGGGCGAGCGCGAUUCGCCGACGCCUGCUCCUGAUUUACCGUGUCAAAGUUCACGGGGGGGAGACGGAGGGGGGAGAUUUGUCGGAAUAGCUGUCGUCGGAUAAAUUCUACGGAUCAUUUUUUAAUUCGCUCGUUAAGUUUUUCUGGGGAAACUCUGUGGGAUACAAAUUAAAAUUAUAUAUCAUUGUAAUAAUUAUCGGAUCUUAUCAUAUUUUGCCGAGAAGAUAGAUCGUUUUUUCUCAGGUUUGAAAUUGAUUAUGAUACGAUAUUUUAUUUUAAAUUUUAAAUUUUAGUAGCGAAGAAGAAGAAAUUAGUAAUAUAAAAUAAAUUUGUGAUAGAAAUAUUGGAAUAUCCUUAUAUUUGGAUAAUUUUUUUGACCCAUGUAUGGUUUUGAAUCGAAUGAUUCGUAUACGUUUAGAAUAACAAAUAUUUUUUGAUGCAUUGCCUAUAAUGUUUCAAAAGAAAAAAAAAUUACGUAUUUAAUUUCAGAAUUUUAUUUGAGAAAACGGCGUCUCCUCGCAUAAACCAAGCCAAACUCUUUUGCUCUUUUAACAAGAUUUGGAUACAGUUUCUGUCAGGGAUCGUCCUCGAAAUAGAGAAGCCGCGGUUCAAUGUUUUCGUUUCUUCCAAGAGGCAAAGGAAACUCGUGAAUUUUAGGAUUGUGGAAGAAAAGCCAGGCGACUUUGUUUCGAGGAAACGAGUUUAAUUUCGUACGCAGGCUAUCCGUUUCCAUCUAAUGGGCCCGAUCGUUUUCUCGCUUCCGGUUUGCAUGACCCACUGAUCGUGAGUCAACUUAGACGUUACUAUGAAAAGAAACACUAUGCGACGUGUUCUUCGGCCAUGUUCCCGGGAAACAAACAUCUCCAAUGGGUACUUCAUCUCCGAGUUUAUUAUUAAACAUACGGUUAAAUGUUUAACAUCCGCUCGGGUUACCGGUUGAAAAUGUUGAAUCGAAAAUUUUUUUAAUUAUUGCAAUUUAAACAUGUGGCAAACCUCUUGAAAUUUUUGAUAAAAGAUAAAAUUAAAUUUUUAUCACAAUUUCUACCGUAGUAAUUUUAAUUUAACAUCUUGACUCAUCACGCUUCUCUGAAAUUGUUUCCAAUUCCGUUUUCGUGAUUUUUUUUCUUUUUUUUUUCCCCGAUUUUGAGAAAGUGACAAUCACAGUUUUCAUCGUUACCGAUCCUUGACCCCUUUAAGCACGUUCGUCUCUCAGCUUCGUCAUUGGAACAGCUGUUUCUUGCCAACGUCGGGAUUUUUCCGACCCGUUGGCGCCCUUUCCGUGAAGGGUUUGUCAAAAAUUAACGAGCAAUUUUUUUUUUCUCCGAAAUAAAAUCUCUAGAAACACGUCAGAAACACGAGAUGAUGAUUUGGUCCUGGAACAUCUCUUUUGACAAAAAGCAUUUUAAUCCAAUUCCUGGUUUUAUUACUAAAAAUCACGAAAAAUCAGAAGUUGGACGACACUAAGAAUUUGAAUAUUGACGUAAAGGAUUAAAUCAUUCUCUGACUCUUCCAUCUGGAUCUCUUUCGUAAUACCUACCAUCGAAAUACAAGCGCAAUAUCGCAAAUGGGAAACGUUGUGGGGCUCGAAGGGAAGUUCUCAUGUUCCCAGGCGGUGGCAUUCGUUUGCAUACCACUCGUACAAGUUGCCACAGAAAAUUACAGGUCUGGUAUCUAGUGGAAAUCAUGGUUAUCAUUGAAAAGAAUCAACAGUCAGAAUCGCUGUUGGCAAGGUGACGCUUUUACUCCACAGCUUGUGAUGCUUGUCUAUCCAUUACGUGAUUCGUAACGAGAUGGAAAUAUUCAUGGGUGAAGUGUUUUUUUUUUUCCCUAUUCCUCCUAUUCUAUUCAUUGCUUGGUAAUUUUCAUGUAAACUUUUAUAAUAGAAUCUUGAAGCUUUUAAAUCAAUCCUUAUCUUACUUUUCUUGGAUAGAGAAUAUUUCCGUUUGAAAAAAAUAUUUCAUUGUUGUACGAGUUGCUUGUAUAAUUAAUAGUUAAGUUAUAUCGGUUUCAUUAUUUCUUUUAUUAUCUUGUGUGAAAUAUUGGGAAAUUAUAUCUAAUAUUGAGACUUUCAAAAAAAUAAGUAAUACUAUAAAAAAAUAUGUAAUUUAUAGUGGAAUUUAAAAUCUUUAUCGACCAUGAAACAAAUAAUGUAUUCAAUAAAGAUGCGGUAUGUACUAAUAAGUUCGUCUUUAGUUUAGAAUGAUGUAAUGCAAUGAAAUAAUAACAAGUUUUUAAAUGAAAUAUAUCGUAAAACUUCGGCAUU